AUGUGCACUGUGGGCAAGCGCCAGUCACGUGGACUCAAGAUGGCGGCCGCUGGAGCAGUGGAGGAAAUGCGGAGUCGUGUGGUGUUAGGGGAGUUCGGGGUCCGAAACGUCCAUACCACGGACUUCCCGGGAAAUUACUGCGGCCACGACGAUGCCUGGGACCAGAGUCGCUUCGAGAAGGAAUUCCGUGUGGAUGUGGUGCACAUGGAUGAAAACUUGCUGGAAUUUGACAUGGUUGGAAUUGAUGCUGCCAUUGCUAACGCUUUUCGGAGGAUCUUGUUAGCUGAGGUUCCAACCAUGGCUGUGGAAAAAGUCUUUGUGUACAACAAUACAUCCAUAGUGCAGGAUGAGAUACUGGCUCAUCGUUUGGGUCUCAUUCCUAUUCGAGCGGAUCCCCGGCUUUUUGAAUAUCGGAACCAAGGUGAUGAAGAUGGUACCGAGAUAGACACAUUGCAGUUUCAGCUGAAGGUCAAGUGUACUCGUAAUCCUCAAGCUGCCAAAGACUCCUCUGAUCCCAAUGAACUUUAUCUUAAUCAUAAAGUAUAUACCAAACACAUGACAUGGAUACCCCUGGGAAACCAAGCAGAUGUUUUCCCGGAAGGCACCAUUCGUCCUGUGCAUGAUGACAUCCUCAUUGCUCAGCUACGUCCUGGCCAGGAACUUGAUCUACUGAUGCAUUGUGUCAAAGGCAUUGGCAAAGACCAUGCUAAGUUUUCUCCUGUGGCCACUGCCAGUUAUAGAUUGUUGCCAGAUAUUACUCUGUUACAGCCAAUAGAAGGGGAAGCAGCUGAGGAACUGAGUCGAUGCUUUUCACCUGGUGUCAUUCAGGUGCAAGAUGUUAAAGGAAAAAAAGUAGCCACAGUUGCCAACCCCCGACUGGAUACCUUCAGUAGAGAAAUCUUUCGGCAUGAGAACCUUAAGAAACUGGUGAGGCUGGCCCGAGUACGGGAUCACUACAUAUUCUCAGUGGAGUCAACAGGUGUCUUGCCACCUGAGGUCCUUGUGAGUGAAGCCAUUAAAGUCCUAAUGGGAAAAUGUCGGCGCUUCAUGGAUGAAUUGGAUUCAGUUCAGAUGGACUAAUUAAAUGUCUUGUAGAGACUUAUUGGGAGAGAAAACACAUGGAUGCCCUACUCUGUCAAAAUAAAUUCUGGGAAUUGUCCUGUAAUUCCUGAUCAGACUCGGUAGGGGUGGGGAGUGUCUCAUUGCCAUUGCUGACAGUCUUCCCCAGACAUUCAUGAGCAUUUCUGAUUGUUCUUUUGAAGUGUCAGCUGUGCAAUGAAAAGAUCUGGCAUA